UCCCACCAGUAGUCACUCAGACUUUUAUCAACUUGCAAACAAUACAACUGAACACAGACUCACACUUUACUCACUCUCACACUUUCAGCCAAACAAUACAAUAGGCUUGGCCUAACCCCCUGCCACAACCAAAAACAACCAAAUACACCACACAAACAAAGAGAUUACCCAAAUAGAAGAUAUUUACCUGUGUCAUGGGAGGUGGAGCAUCAGUCAACCUGCAAUCAAAAGUUGUAUUGGCUGACUACAAUUCAUGUGACAACCCAGCAUACUGACCCCUAGUUUUGUUUUCACUUACUCAAGUUCUAAUCUUCAUGUUUAAUAUGUCAAAAGUGAGGUUCUGGGAUAUUAAUUUUGAGCUUAUCAAAUGUAUUUGUUAACAAAAGAGAUUAGGAUCAAAUCAAAUCUAGCAGUUGGCCAGCUCUCUUGUGUGGCCUGUCCGAUCUACCUCUUUUCAAAUGUACAGUGUCCUAACUAAUUUCCUGGGGCUGAAAUGACCUUUAGAGUGGAGAGUGCUGUAAAAUCUCUGAAGGAAACCAUGCCGGGGCAGCAACUAGAAGCUCCAGUGUCCUUCUCUCAUGAGAACUGUAAAGAUUUUUUGAGUGCUCUGUUGGAGGAGCGGAACAACACUAUGACCCAGCUGAAAAUAGAUGCAGAAAGUGCGCUUGACCAAAGUGGAUCAGAAUUGUAUUUUUCAGUCUCUCAGAAAUUUCUUGAGCGGAAAAAGGCUAUUCAGGAGUGCAUUGAGAAGAUUAGAAAAAAUAUCAAGACCAAAGAAAAAGAUGCAGAAGCCCUCUCACGCCCUGAUGAUCAAGCUAAAUGGAAGCUGAUGGAGAUGGACAUUCAGUAUCUAAGAACUUUUAAAUAUCUAGCCAGGAAAGAGUUGGCCAAGGAAGAUGAUGUGAAAAAACAAGCCUUAGAGAUUUUUAUGUCAAGAUUUGCAAAUACUGAAGUGCAACCAGAAACCCCAGAUGAAUAGAUGCCUAGCCUGUGUUUUGCAUAAAAUUGACCUGAAUGAUUUUAAGAACAUGUUGUUGAAUAACUGUAAAAGAAGGGAGGGAAGGAGAGAGAGAGAGAGAGAGAGAGAGGAGAGAGAGAGAGAGAGAGAGUUAAAUUAUACACUUCAUUGAUUUUCCAUUUGACAAAAUUUUUAACAGCUUGGUAAAUAAUGAAAUGUCAUCUGUUUGUUGGUUCAUUAUUAUGAUAUGAUCUUCAUUUUUACAUUUUUGUACACUACCACUACCAGAAGCCUAUUCAACGAAUUACUGGGCAAUUAUGAUGAUCUGAUCUGAGAAGUAUUGAAUAAAUGGUACUUGCUGAGAACGGUGCCUUUCACUUUCA